CACCUUCAUUCCAUCGCUAGUGAGGAUCCCGUUUCCGCUGCCCGCGCGGCCCCUUGGCUGCUAGAGGAGUCCAGCUGGUGCAGCUAUUCAAAAUACUUACAUCCAGGACCUGUUAGCUACCCCCCAAAAAAUACCCCUUACAACUGUCAGAGCAAUACAGGAGCCAUGGCGUACUGCUCUACAAGGCUGAAGAGCAGACCGACUUAUUCGUGGGUUGGCAGCCCAUUGUUGGAUCGAAAACUACACUACCAAACCUACAAAGAGAUGAGUGUGACAUCAAAAGGUUGUUCGACUGAGAUUCGCAUUCAAGUUGGACAGUUUGUGUUGGUUGAAGGGAAUGAUGAUGACAAUCCGUAUGUUGCUAAAUUGAUUGAGCUGUUUGAAGAUGGUGAGUUUUGGGUUGGAAUGAAAACCAUUCCUUGUCAUGAAUAAUUGGGAAG